UGGCUCAGCGCUUUUGCGCGCUGCUGGCGAGGCAAGAGCAGCCCGACAAUCAUUCGCUCCUCUGCCGUCUCCUCGGCUGGAUGGUAGCGGGCUAAGGGCUUCGCAUCCUCCACUCGCCUCGCAGAGGGAGCGUCCUCGUUCGGAACCCCGACUCCUGCACGUCUCGCGCGCGCGCGCACGCACGCGCCUGCACGCACACACUGGGACCAUGGCCUCGGGAAAUUUCGCCGCUCUCUCCCUAACUUGGAUUUUCGCCGGAUUUCUUGGGAUUUGCACCGCCGUGGCUUCAAACGAAGUAAACAUCCUCGACUCGAAGACCGCGCAGGAGGAGCUUGGCUGGAUUGCCUCGCCGCCUGAAGGGUGGGAAGAAAUAAGCGGGUACGACGAGUUCUACACGCCCAUUCGGACGUACCAAGUCUGCCACGUGAUGAAGCCCAACCAGAACAACUGGCUGCGGACUAACUGGAUCACGCGCGGGGGCGCCCAGCGCGUCUUCCUCGAGCUCAAGUUCACGCUGCGCGACUGCAACAGCAUCCCGGGCAUCCCGGGCACGUGCAAGGAGACCUUCAACGUCUACUACCACGAGUCGGACAGCGAGCGCGUGUCCGGCAUCCACGAGAGCCAGUACGUGAAGGUGGACACCAUCGCGGCCGACGAGAGCUUCACCGAGAUCGACCUGGGCGGCCGCAUCAUGAAGCUGAACACGGAGGUGCGCGACGUGGGCCCCCUCGCCAAGAAGGGCUUCCACCUGGCCUUCCAGGACGUGGGUGCGUGCAUCGCGCUCGUCUCCGUGCGGGUCUACUACAAGCGCUGCCCACGCACCGUGCGCGGCCUGGCCGUCUUCCCCGACACGGUGACGGGCGCCGACUCGUCCUCGCUCAUCGAGGUGCGCGGCGCUUGCGUCGACAACUCGGCCGAGAAGGAGGCGCCGCGCAUGUUCUGCAGCGUCGACGGCGAGUGGCUCGUGCCCAUCGGGAGGUGCGUCUGCGGCCCCGGCUACGAGCAGGCGGAGGACGGGUGCCAAGCUUGCGAGCGGGGCUUCUACAAGGAGUUUGCCGGAGACAAUUCCUGCUCCAAGUGUCCUCCGCACAGCUCCGCCCGUGCCCGUGGAGCCGCGUCGUGCAGCUGCGAGGACGGAUACUUCCGGCCCAGAACCGACCCCCAGUCUGUGGCCUGCGCAAGUACGUUCACCCCGCACCUCCCAAUUAGCACAGCUUGGCCACGUGCGGCGCGCGGAAGAAGUUCAACGUGCGCGUACACGCAACGUGCCCGUACACAGCAUCUAAACCUGCAAGGUUCUACACUCACCCCGCGGGCGCUGCCCGGCGCCGGUCGGCAACACUUUGCCGACGAAGCGUUUUGUUGUUCGUUUGUUUGAGUGGACGGCGAGUAAAAGUUGCGGGCGGAAAUUGCCCAAGCGCGACGAUGACGGCGCAAAAUCGGCGAGUCUCGUUCAACGUGCGGUGGCGGGUUGAGAUGAUCGAGUUACGCUCCCGUGGCCUGUAGUGCACCGAGGGAGACGAAACAUCGUUAUUUGGUGAUGCAUUUAUAAUUUGCGUAUACGGUAUAUCAUGUCAUCUCGUAUCGCAACCCAGAAGGUAAUGUUAUUAUCGCUAGCAAAAAUCGCUUUAAAGGACAAAACGCGUUUUGAACAGCGUUACGAAAUCCACGCACGUAAAUUGUUUAACCGCCACUAAGACCGAACGUUUGCAUCCAGCGCUUAGCGGUUAGCACACCAAUGAUGUUGCAGCUUCGAUGUGGGAUUUGCUGGAUCAUGCAUUGAUUGUGGUCGUUGUGUGUAAAUAAGUGGAGGCCAUAGAGGCAGUAGAGCAAGUAGUUUGUUGGUCUCUCUGUAUCGAGGUUGAGUGUUCUCCCCCUUGCUUAAAUGGGAUUUUCUCCGAGAAAGUCUCGUGAACAAAAAAAAAAACGCAAGCCAUGAAUCAACGAGUUUGGUCAAAUUGUCCUAAAUCAGGACUCAACUGAAAUGCGUCCGGACAUUCACUGAUGUAUUUAUUUCUAGUGUUGAUGCAUUUUUAAUCCUUAGAGCUUCAAUGAACAUUCCAGAUGUGUAUCAUUGUGCUGACCUUAGUAGGUCCCUAUUGCAUGCCAAACACACGUAUUCAAGUUAUUGCCGAGCUAGAGUCUCGACACUCAGUGAGGUUUUCCCAGACAAAAUAAAGGAUGCGUUCGUGUUAUUCGUAUGCACUUUACAAAUGCAUGCUCUUAGACGGCUAUUAUGUAUUUAACAAACAAAAAAAACGGUAUUUUCAAGUCAUUUGCAAUUAGCAUGAGACACGCGAAGCAUCAGCUUUAGUAACGAAAAUCAAUUCUACGUCGAUGUGUUUAUGUUGCAGUCUUUUUUUUAAUGAAGCAAUGAAAACCCCGCAGCUGCCAUCGUUUAAAUGAACAGGAAUUUGGUGAGGCUGCGUUGAUAAGCGCUGAUCUGGUUUAGGAUGCCUAAUUUCACCACUAUUACCACGGGUAAGAGCACAUUUAACUUGUGGUGAUGACUUUCAAACAGAUGGAGCCCUGACAUCUCAUUAUUUCAAGCAGAAUUGUACUUGCGUGUGAAUUUGAACAGCAGCCAUUCAGAGCAAGUGUGGAUGCAUUCGGGGACAUGGGUAAACUUUUAAUGACUUGGCAGACAAUUACGGACUUUGAUUGCAAGGCUUAAUAUCACACCAUUUAAUUUCUUUACAUAUAAAUUCUUCCUAAGUACAACAUUAAGCUGGUCAAUCGUUAUGCAUUCGAGAUUGCAUUAAUGCCACACAUUUAACCCCAUUUCAUUUGAAUGCUACGUUAAUAAUAAUAAUAUAAUUAACACCCAGCAUGACUCGUAUGACUGGGCCUUGUAUGAGGCUUAAAAUAGCAUUCUAUAAUUCAAUUUAAAUUCGGGCAUAUUGCUUCCUGUGCCACAACACAUUUCACAUUUCUUCGAACAACGAUUUCAAAAUGUGUAUUGGAUAGGAUCCUGUGAUAUACCGGGCCCCACCAUUUUCACCACUGGUACAAGUGCUGAACAUUUUCCCACAACACAUUUGGACAUAGGCACUCGCUGAUCCGGCGAUUAAAACUGCCCGUGCACAUGCAAUUGGUCCUCAAUUACGAAUGUUGAACACACGGCUUUGGCUCUUCGUACCUAAGUAUUUCAUCUUAUUCGACUGCAGAAGCCAAGGAGGUUCACUUAGCUAAGUGUUGACCAGGCUAACGCUAAAAUUGUCUGCGCAUCCACCAAAAAUGCAUUUGUUUUAUACUCUUAAGUAACCUGAAGUGUACAUAUUGUUUCUUCGAAUGGGCUAAAUACACAUCUCUCUGGCACAAACGCAUUGCAAUCUGUAGAAAGUAUUACAUAAAGUACACGCGUGUUUGUUUAUAAUUAAAUAAUUGCUUCCCCAUCAGAGGGUUGUGUAUGAAGGGUGUACACGUGAAUGGCUGACCUGUGAGAAAAAUAAUAAUAUCCCAUUUGUGCUUGCCAACAUGAGCAUGUAAUUUGAACCACGCCGUAGAGACAGAUUCCGGUGAGUUGUGGGAGUGGGUGGAUGUGUCUCUGCUUUCAAUCUCCAAUGAAUAUUCGCCCUUGAUGACAUUCAACACGAGCUUGCACUUAGGAGGAUCGGCAAAUGGCGAAAGGUUUCGUGGUUCCCACAGAGGUGGAACUCUUAAAUGUGCAAGGCAAUGAAGUGCUUACCAUAAGGAGUUACGCAAGUACAUUUCUUGAUGUUCUGUGCAAUGUCUGAGUGUUUACCCUUUAGAAUGCAUGGAGCUUCCUCAUGCAUUCAGCUUUCCUGCCAUACACAAAAUACAAUGCAUUUAUACAGAUGUCAUCCAAUAUUCAACAACUCUAACAAGACAGAAGAUUGAGCGAGCUCAACAAAUGCAUGUGCUGAGAAAGAUAAAGAUCCCCCAUACAGCCUUAACAGACUGUUGGGGCAAGUGCUGUUAGCGAGUACAUAUGACGGCUGGAACGGCACACG